AUGGCCGAUCCGCUCUACGACCUGCUUGCGCCCUACUUCGACGCCCAGGAUGCCCCCGCCAGGCCCGUCCCGUCUCCGUCCGACCCAACCACGCACGCCUACCUCAACCGCCUGGCCACCCUGUCCCUGUCCUCGCUGAGCUCCUCCGAGCCGCAGUCCCUCGCUUACUCGUCCGCCUCUACCGUCCGCAGCCUCCAGGCUCUGUCCAAACGCUCCCACAAGUCCAUAAUCGCCUCUUCCGCCAGCCUCGGCAGCCUCUCGUCCUCCCUUCCCGAGCUUGCCCGGCACGCCGCCCGCCUCCAGGAUGCUCUCCCGGAGCUCGAGUCCGCCAGCGCGCACUUCGAAGAGACCUACAGCCGCUCCAGCGAGAAUGCUAUCCUCGAUCGCCGGCGCAAGGCUAUGCUCCUGGCCCGCAACGUGGACCGCGUGGCCGACGUCCUAGAGCUGCCAACCUUGCUGUCAUCCGCCAUAUCAUCUUCCGGCGCCGCAGCCCAAGGCGCGGGCAACGCGGCUGCAUCGGGGCUGAGCAACGCCAAUUACGCAUCUGCACUGGACCUUCACGCCCACAUCAAGCGGCUGCACGCGCUGUACCCCAACGUCGGCCUGGUGACGGAGAUCUCGACGCAGGCGGAGCAGGAGAUGAAGGGCAUGGCGACUAAUUUGAUCACCAGUCUCCACAGCCAGGGGAUCAAGCUCGCCGGAGCAAUGCGGACAAUCGGGUGGCUGAGGCGCAUAGCCCCAGAGCUCGAUCAGGUGUGGAAUUACAAUCAGAAGAGCACGAGUAUAGGCGGCAACGAAGGAGCUCUGGGCGCACUUUUCCUCGUCUGCCGGCUGGCCAACCUGCUCACCACGCUGGAGGCAUUGGACCCGCUGCGCGAGUUGGCGGACCAGGAGGCCGCCCGGCGGUCGGAUGGUGAGAAGGCCAAGGACAACUGGGCUGGCGGACAGCAGACGGAGCGCUACUUGAAGCGGUACAUUGAAAUAUUCCGUGAGCAGAGCUUCGCAAUCAUCUCUAUGUACAAAAGCAUAUUUCCGUCCGCCCUGCCGGCACCAGGCUCGGCUGGCGACGACAACACCGAGCUCGGACAAGGCCUCAAAUCUCCUACCCGCACGGGAGGAGAAGAUGACACAUUACAACCAUUGCCCUCGGCUUUGGCAACGUUCCCUCAGCAUCUCAUAGAGCUGCUAUCUGAGACAUUACGAAAAUACCUUCCGAACGUGCAUGAUCGCGCCUCCAGGGACAGUUUGUUGACGCAGGUGCUGUACUGUGCAGGAAGCCUGGGCCGGUUGGGGGGAGAUUUUGGAAUGCUGCUUGCAUUGCUAGAAGACGGGUCGGAUGAGUCCGAGGAUGAAGAUAAUGAAGAAGAAUGGGUGGAGGUAAUGAAGAAGCAUCGCAUUCAAGCUAGCAGGCUGGAACUGCUUGCGAGUGGUGUUGGCGCAGGGAGGACUGCCAGUGCCUCGGGUUGA